GUUUACUUCUGAAAAUCAAAAAAGAGAAAAACAAAAGUGAAAACAUGUUGACUGUUCAAUUGAUCAUGCAAUCCGUAAAGCCAUUGGUUACGAAGCUCCCAAUCUCAGCUACCGUAUACGAGCUAAAGGCUGAGCUUCAGAGCCUUCUCAAUAUUGAGCCGGAAACAUUGGAGAUUUCUGCAUCUGAUGUAACGUGUGCCGAUUCAGAUCUUUUAAUAGAAGUUGCUGGUCUAGGCAAAAACAAACAAAUUAAGCCGGUUGUGUCUUGGAUCAGACUCGUGGUUGUCUAUCCAUUCGCCGAGUUGUUUUCUCAUCUCCUCUACCGUGCCGUUCAUGUUGACUCCGAUCCUUUGGCCUGUUUGUAGCAGAUCCUCCUUCUUCAUGUGGUACAUCCAUCCUUUCCCCAUUUUGAAGUUUUCUUUCCAAUUUUCAAACUUUUGUCUUGUUUA